AUGGCUACCCAGGCGGUCUCAGUUUCGAAGGCGCCGGAUGAUCAGGAUUCAAUAGCAUUCGAACUCUUAAUUGAGCUUUUGUCGUACCAUUUGGCGUCACCCGUGCAAUGGAUCGAGACGCAAAAUGAGCUGCUACAGCAAAAACCACCGAUUCAUCGCGUUGUAGAAGUCGGACCUCGCACGAUAUUGGCCACGAUGGCGAAAAAGACCGCUGAAAAACGACAUUUGACUCGCUCCCCGGCGCAAAGCUCAAAAUAUUCAUUCCUUUCAAUUGCGGAUAACUCCAGUGAUAUUCAUUAUGAAUAUAAUCAGGAAGAGGAGGCUUCUAAUAAUGCGCCUCCUCCAGCCAUACAAGUGGAGGAUUCCGUUUCAAAGGCCGAGAAUCCUCCUGCAGCACCUCAACCCACGCCUCAAGCCCCAUCGGUUUCCAAGUCAAUGAAUCGAGCCCCUACGCAACAAGUGGCUCUCUCUGCAAGUCAUAUCCUUGUGGCAUUAGUUGGGGAGAAGCUUAACAAACCCUUUGACCACAUCCCACCAGAUUCCACUAUCCAGGAAUGCUCCAACGGACGGUCAACGAUUCAGAACGAGAUAAUUGGCGCAUUGGUGUCGGAGUUUGGGAGGCUUCCAGAUGGGGCGGAGUACAUGCCACUGAAGGCGCUGGGCGAUGCUCUGCAGGCCAGGUUUUCCCAUCAACCUGGCAAGCAAAUGUCCCCACUCCUGUCGAAAUUUAUCAACGGUAAAAUGCCCUCUGGGUUUAAUAAGGCUACAAUUCACGACUAUCUGGAAUCUUCCUGGGGCCUAGAUAAGGAUCAUUCUAUUGUCCCUCUUUGUUUUGCAAUAACCCUUCAGCCUACUUCCCGUCUCGCCUCUAGGGGGGAUGCGGAGGACUUUUUCGAUACGGUUGUCUCACGCUAUGCGCCAUACGUGGGAAUCUCGUUUGCCAUCUCGCAGACGAGUACCAUACCUGAGCCACCAGUUAACCGGACUGCAAAUGGGAAUUCAUUACCUGACCACAUCCUAGACCCAAACCAAUCGAAUCUUUUAGCGGCGUAUCACACUCUCAUACAGCCACAGAGCGAUGGACGGUUAGAGGAACUCACAGCGUCGGCUGAGGAGAUGACCCAGCGGCUGGCAGAGAUUCAAGCUGAAUUGGGAGACCAGUUCCUUGAUGGAAUCAAGCCAGUAUUUGACUUAGGGCAGAUCCGCCAAUAUGACUCCUGGUGGAACUGGGUAAGGAUUGAUUUACUCAGAUGGCUUCGUCGCACUCGCAGUUCCAGCGAAGAGUCACUGUUGGACAGAGAUGAAGAUCUCCGCCACAUAUUGAACCGGUGGGAGCCUAGCUGCACCAAUAUACUACAGAGUCAAGUAUCUAGCAGCAUUACAGCUACAGGGCAGGGUGCUUUUUACCACAAGUUAUUGCAGCUCUCUGAGACAGCGGAGCUAGCAGACCCGGUCUUUAUGUACAAGCAGCCGGCUCUAGCUCCCAAGACAAUUAUCGACAUAGACGGUACAGUGCGCACUGUAGACGUACCUCGCAAAACCUCCGGCUACGCAGACCUUAUUCGCGAGACACGUAUGUCUGCAUCUGGUACCGAACUACCAUUCAUUAAUGUCCAAACGCGUGCAGAAGGCGCAAAUUUUGCAUAUGACGUAGAUGCAACUCGCGUUCUGGCAGAAGCAAUGAAAGCUGGUACAGAGACGGGAUUUACAUAUAUUGGAAAGUCUGCUUUGGUGACUGGAGCUGGAACCGGCUCUAUCGGUGCGGAAAUUGUGAAGGGCCUCCUUAGUGGAGGUGCACAUGUUGUCGUCACCACCAGCCGAUCAAUCACGACCAGUAGCCAGGCAUUCCAGGAUAUGUAUAAAGCAUAUGCUGGGCGAGGUGCGAAACUCACUGUUGUCCCAAUGAACCAGGGAAGCCAGCAGGACUGCGAGGCCCUUAUCCAAUACAUCUAUGGGCCCGAAUCUCCCACAGGUGGAGACCUUGAUUUUGUUAUUCCAUUUGCUGCCCUCAACCAGGUCGGUGAGAUACACAUGCUCGAUGGUCGUGCCGAAGUGGCACAGCGAACAAUGCUUGUCAAUCUCCUACGCAUUCUAGGCGAGAUACGAAAGGAAAAGGAACGUCGGAAUAUAACAACUAGACCUACAACGGUGAUUCUUCCCAUGACAUGCAAUGAGGGUACAAUCGGUUCAGACGGCUUGUAUCCGGAGUCCAAAAUUGCCUUACGGUCCCUAUUCAACCGCUUUUACUCGGAAACCUGGGCCGACUAUUUGCAUAUAUGCGGUACAGCUAUCGGCUGGACACGAGGCACGGGCAUCAUGCAACCUCUUAAUAAUAUCUCCGAGGAAAUCGAGAAACUUGGAGUAAUCACCUUCACGCCUGCAGAAACUGCAUUCAAUAUCCUGUCCCUGAUGACAACAGAUAUGAUUGCAAUGUUGGAAGGACGGCCAAUCCUCGUAGACAUGGCAGCUGGUUUGUGUGAGAUGUGGAACAUAAAAGAAACAAUCUCCAGGGCCUUCGCCACUGUCGCUAAGAAGCAAAAGGUCCAGAAAGCCUUACAGGCGGAGAAAAUGCGCCAUGAAGAGAUUCUGUGCGGUCCAGCAACAGGUACCCAACCUGCAACACCAAACUUCCUCCGACGCGCCAACAUACAGUUGGACUUCCCAGAACUUCCUCAUCACGAUGAAAUAAGAGCAAAUUUGCCGAGACUAGAUGGCAUGGUGGACCUUUCGCAGACGGUGGUUGUGGUCGGAUAUUCCGAGUUAGGUCCGUGGGGUAACUCUCGUACACGUUGGGAAAUAGAACACCAGGGAAGGUUUUCCCUAGAAGGCUAUGUGGAAAUCGCGAGGAUUAUGGGGUUAAUCAAGUACUUUUCUGGGGAUAUUAAUGGACAGGCCUACUCCGGUUGGAUUGAUGAACAAACUAAUGACCCUGUGCGUGAUGAUGAGAUACCCCAGAAGUACCAUGAGCACAUCAUGAACCAUGUUGGGUUGAGAAUGGUUGAGCCAGAGGCGGCGUUGGGAUAUGAUCCAGCGAAGAAGGAAUCGCUACAUGAAAUUGUAGUGGACGGAGACCUCCCGCCAUUUGAAUGCUCCAAGGCUACCGCAGAGUCGUUCAAGCGCCGCCACGGGGACAACGUGUCCAUAUAUCCACUUUCAGAUGAAGAGUACAGGGUCGUGGUAAAAAGGGGAACCAGCCUCCUGGUCCCUAAAGCAACCAUCUUCGAAACGACGGUGGCCGGUCAGGUCCCCAAAGGCUGGGACCCUCUGAAGUACGGAAUACCGGAGGAUGUUGUGCAACAAGUGGACCGCCUCACACUUUACAUGCUGUGCUGCUUGUCAGAAGCGUUGCUGUCCGCUGGUAUCACGGAUCCUUAUGAACUAUAUAAGCACAUUCACGUUUCCGAGCUCGCCAGCUGCCUUGGGUCGGGGGGUGGUCCAAUAAUAUCAUUACAACGAAUGUUCCGAGACCGCUAUAUGGAAAGGCCAGUACGGAAUGAUAUCCUGGCAGAGAGCUUCUACAACACCAUCGGUGCUUGGGUAAAUAUGCUGCUUUUUUCCUCCACUGGCCCGCUCAGGACUCCUGUUGGAGCCUGUGCCACUGCUCUGGAGAGUCUGGAUAGCGCAUGUGAAGCGAUUCAGUCUGGGAAGUAUAGAGUAGCCUUGGUUGGUGCGGCGGACGACUUUACAGAACAGCACUCCUAUGAAUUCGCGCAGAUGAAGGCUACUGUUAAUAGCACGGAGGACCUAAAGGCCGGUCGACCGCCGGGCGAGAUGUCACGUCCCACUGCGACAUCCCGGCAAGGUUUCGUUGAAUCUGCCGGUAGUGGGGCUCAGAUCCUAAUGACCGCGGAGCUUGCAAUGGAGAUGGGACUUCCUAUUUAUGGCAUUGUCGCGUACAGCCAGCUGGCUGGCGAUCAAAUUGGACGUUCCGUUCCUGCUCCAGGAAAGGGCCUCCUAUGUGCUGCCCGACAGGCGAUCAAUGGCGAAAGCUCGCCUUUUCUUGAUCUGAAUUAUCGCCGUACAAUGUUUCAAGAUGAGAUGGUCGAGAUAGAUAAUUGGCAUAACAAACAGCUCCUAGCCAAGGGGCCUUCUCAGCACCUGGAGACUAUCAGGGUCUCUAGGGUCCAGGGGGCACAGCACCGGUGGGCCAACAACCUCUGGCUGCAAGACCGUUCGAUAUCUCCCAUCAAAGCAGCGCUCGCUACAUGGGGGCUUACUAUCGAUGAUAUUCAAGUGGCCUCAUUACAUGGAACGUCAACCAAGGCUAAUGAUCUUAACGAAAGUGAUGUGGUCAAUACGCAGAUGACCCAUUUGGGUCGGACAUUGGGAAAUCCCUUACUAGUAGUCUGUCAGAAGAGCUUAACCGGGCAUCCAAAAGGGCCAGCGGGGGCAUGGCAAGUCAACGGAUGUCUCCAAAUGCUCCGAACAGGAAUCGUUCCAGGUAAUCGAAAUGCCGAUAAUGUGGACGAGCAGCUGAGGCAGUUCCAGCACCUUGCCUAUCCUUCGCAGUCUCUUACCCUAGACAAGAUUAGAGCAGCCAUGGUUACCUCAUUCGGGUUCGGUCAAAAGGGUGCGGUUGCGAUAGUUAUCUCUCCAAAUUAUGUCUUUGCUGCGGUCUCACAAUCAACAUUUGACGACUACCGAUCUCGUGCUCUCCAACGUCAGCAGUCAGCGAAUCCGGCAUAUGUGUUUGCGCUCCUCAAUAAUUCAAUGGUUAAGAUAAAGAGCAGCUCACCGUGGAAGGAUCAAGUGCAACUUCGCCAGAUGCUCCUAGACCCCCAUUGUCGCCUUUCAGAGGAUGGAUCACUCGUCACGAAGCAGCCCGCUUUUGAGACCGCUCAACAGGAUCUACAUGUGCUAAAGAGCCAGAAAGCGUCCGCAACGUUGGACAUGCAACCAAUGGACUCCAAGCCCCUAUAUGGAGCCGUUCAAGAGAUGAUUGAAUCCAUACCCGCAUCUUCACUCGGUGCCUCUGCGAUCUCCGUAGGCAUCGAUGUAGAAGACAUUUCUAGUGUAAAUAGUGAAGAUGCUAUAUUCGUGGAGCGGAAUUUUACCGCCAUUGAAAGGGAGAUCUGCCUCAGUUCGCCGAAUCCUCGCGCUUCAUAUGCUGGGCGUUGGAGUGCGAAAGAAGCUGUUUUCAAGAGCCUGUCUGUUCAAUCGCGCGGUCCUGGGGCUGAGAUGGCAUCGAUUGAAAUACUUAGCGACUCGGGAAUACCAAAGGUGAAGCUUCAUGGCCCUGCCCUGGAGGCAGCGACUCUCAAGGGUAUUAACCGUAUCGAGGUCAGCAUCAGCCAUGCUGCUGGGAGCGUCGUCGCCAUUGCUUUGGCGCAUAGCAGUUGA